AUGGAACCCACACUUCUGUCAACCACCUCUGUUGAAUAUGGCAAGGUAUCCCUUGAACAAGUCACACGGCUCCUCCUUGGCCUCCUUGGCCAAGUCAAACGCCUUGAGCAAGAAAUUGCCAAAAUUAAGGAAGCUGGAAUCAAGACCCAGACAAACGUCAAAAACAUCUCUCAAACCGUUGAUGUUGUCAAGGAUGGGCUUAGGUCCCUUCAAUCCCAUGGUCCCUGCACACCCAAAGGACCCCAAGCCAAGGUUGUGGAAGAAACGCCAUGCCCCUUACCAAAAGCCAAGCCUAUUGGAUUGGCUAGUGGGGUCCCCUUCUGGUCAGAAGCACCCAAGGUCCUCCCCAGUUUGGCUCAGCCAACCCCAAGAAGAGUUGCUCCCCCGCAAGUCCCAUCUCCCCCUCCAUCUCCGCGUCUCCAAUCCCCAAUUGGGACAACUGCCCCUCCACCUCCGGCUCCAGUUGCCGCCUAUCCCGCUCCAGUCAAGGUUGACCACCCCGAUGCCUACACAGGCAAAAUAGGGAGCAAAGCCAAGCAAUGGCUGACUUGGAUGUUAGCCUGGACCCGCCUCAAUUUGCGGAUGUUCCCCACCAAUCAAGAGGUCCUCUCCUUCCUCUUGAUGAACAUGAAGGACUCUGCCGGAGCUUGGGCCCACCCACACCUUGACCAGCUUGGAUCACACCAAGCUAUCAUCCAAACCGUUGAGGGAUUUAAAUUGGAAUUCCUGGCAGCAUUUGGCAACCCUGAUGCCACAAGGGCCGCCGAGCAGAAAAUCACCACCCUCACCCAGUCCAGCACAUGCGCAGACUACAUCACAAAGUUCAGGACCUUAGCUAUGGAACUGGACUGGAAUGACGCGGCCCUCCGAGGUCAGUUUGCCCAAGGCCUCCACUGGGAGGUCAGCCAACAGAUAGCAACCCGCAAGCACCGCCCUUGUACACUCCUUGAGCUGCAAAAUGCAGCACUUGUCAUUGACAAUGCUCUCCGCAAAGAGCGUGCUAGCCACCCGCCAAGGGACAGUAAGCCUAGCAAACCAUCCAACCCCGCAAGGGGGACAAGUACCAGUCAGCCAACUACCGGAUCAAGGAAGCUCUCCAACAACCCCAACUUUGUAUUGGAGGAAGAGCAAAACCGCCGCCGCGCCGCUGGCGCCUGUAUCAAAUGCAGAAAAAUGGGCCACAAGUUUGCGGAAUGCCGCACGGGCUGGAAAGCCACCCCUAUUGAGGACAAGGGGAAGGCUAAGGAAACCGCCAAAAUUGGCAAAGACUCCAAGUACCAAUUGGGAAAAGAAAUCUCUCCCCUCUUCACAAUUUCAAUUAAACCAGAGAAGCAAGCGGAACAUUUAGAAGUCCUGAUAGACUCAGGCGCCACAUUGUCAUUUCUCCACCCCUGUACCGCCAAGGCAUUACGCCUACCUCUCAUAGACCUCCCAACUCCCUGCACCGUUACUAUGCUUGAUGGGUCAAACCCCCAGGCUGGAAAGAUUUGGAAGAAGGCUCAUCUAACCUUCCUCAUUGAUGGCAAGCGCAUGACGGAAACCUUCCUGAUUUGCAACACCGGGACACAUGCUGCCAUCUUAGGGAUCAAAUGGUUGGAAACGCACAACCCCAAAAUUGACUGGAGCUUACAAACUCUCUCCUUCCCUCACAACCUGCCGGAACACGUGGCCAUUGCCAAGGAGGAAGAAGCUGACCCAAAUCCCUUAGAAGGAGUACCCUCCAAGUACCAUCAAUAUGCCAAGGUAUUUGGAGAAGAAGAAUUCAAUAAGCUUCCUCCCCACAGGCACUAUGAUAUUGGUAUUGAACUCACAGAAGAGGGACCCCUCAACUUGCCUCUUUACAGCAUGACUGACGCCAAGUCUAUCACACUCAAGGACUGGCUCAGGGACAAAUUAAAAGCUGGGAAGAUCCGUCCCAGCAAAUCCUCAAUCAGCUCCCCUGUCAUGUUUGUCCCUAAGAAGGAUGGUUCCCGCCGCUUGGUUGUUGACUACCGUUGCCUCAACAACCGGACCCAAAAGAACGUUUACCCACUCCCCCAUCCUGAUGACCUAAUGGCCCAGCUCCGUGGCGCCAAGGUCUUCACUAAAUUGGACUUACAAUGGGGAUACAACAAUGUCCGUGUUAAAGAAGGGGACAAGUGGAAGACCGCCUUCCGCACCAAGUACGGGCUAUAUGAGUCUCUGGUCAUGACCUUUGGCCUGACAAACGCCCCUGCCGCCUUCCAACACUUCAAGAAUGAACUGUUCAAAGACUUAUUGGAUGUAUGCGUCAUCAUUUACCUUGAUGACAUCCUAAUCUACUCCAAGGAUGAUGCAUCUCACGCACAACAUGUUCAUGAGGUCCUGAAACGGUUAAUGGACAACCAGCUGUUUUGUAAGGCAUCAAAAUGUACAUUCCACGUCACCUUGGUAGAAUACCUGGGGAUCAUUGUCUUGGAUAAGGGGUUCAGUCUGGAUAAGCUCAAAAUCCAGGCAGUACAAGAAUGGCCGGUACCCACCAAGGUAAAGGAAGUCCAAUCAUUCCUGGGAUUUGCCAACUUCCUCCAUUGGUUUGUUGCCAACUUUAGUCACCUGGCCAGACCAUUGCACAAUCUGGUUAAGAAGGAUACAAUCUGGAAAUGGGAUACCAAGGAACAGGAAGCCUUUCAGGGGCUGAAGGACGCCAUCACCAACGCUCCGGUCCUCUGUCACGCUGACCCAACUAAACCAUACUUCCUGGAAACAGAUGCAUCUGGCGCGGCCUUGGGUUCCAUACUCAGCCAACGACAGGAAGACAGUCGCCUACACCCUCUUGGGUUUCUGUUGGAAUCAUUCAAAGGGGCAGAGCAGAACUAUGACACCCACAACAAGGAGCUUCUUGCAAUCAUCCGCUCCUUUGAGUAUUGGCGUAUCUUCUUGGAAGGAACAGCUCACCCAAUCACGGUCUUCACCAAUCACCGGAACUUGGAAUAUUGGAAGGAAUCCCAAAUGUUCAACCGCCGCCAUGCCAGAUGGCACCUACUACUAGCCGGUUAUAACUUCCAAAUUGUGUACAGGCCCGGAAAACAAUCAGGAAAGCCAGAUGCCUUGUCAUGA